AUGCCAUCUUCAUAUUCCCGACAAGCCUACUUUUGUGAACUGAAGUUCCCGGCCGUCGAAACCAUUGAGAUAUUGAACGGCAAAUCAAAUUUUCACCAAUGGCACUCUGAAAUCCGGCCCAUUCUGUUGUCUAAUCCCCUUUCUUCAGAUUUGAUACUUGGAACCUGGACGGAACCUCAGUCUCCUCCAUCCUGGGACCCCGAAGACCAGGCAUCCUUCCACGAAGAACGCAGAGAAUGGCACGGUGCGAACACGGCUUCCUGUCGCUUCAUCCGUGCGACAUUAGCCAUGAAUGUGAGCCCGUUUGUCCGCCAAUAUACUACUGCAAAAACACUUUUCUUCAACCUUGUGUGGCUUUACGGAGAAGACGCAGGGAUUGAUUCUCAAGGUGGCCCUCCAGUACCUGCGAACGCUGAAACUCUGAACGCAAAGAAAGGCCGUGCCAGCCUUCUGGCCGCACUGGAAGCGAAAAGAACCCUGGACUAUCUGCAACCUGUCUGCGGGACCCUCAAGCUAUCCGCUUCGACCUUCCCACCUUACAGAACCAACAACGGCAACAACGAGGUUACUUCCAUUUCUUCGUCGGCGACAGAAGCUCCUACCUCUUGUAACAAGUUGCUGAAACUGCAACCUACAAUUACCCCAGAACCCGCGCAGGCGCCAGAGCAACAUGUCCCACUAGUUCGUUUGUUCAAGCGGGCCCGCGUCUCUCCUGACGCCAAUUUGGAAACCAUCCAUGAACACGAUGAGCCCCAUCCAGGAAGGCGUGUGCCGUCCGGCUGUGCGAUAGAUUUCGACUACGGUCUUUCCAGGGGAGAUCCAGUCCAUGAAUACGAUGAUGACGAGGUGUGCCUUCUCCCCGCGCAGCAAAUGACAAGUCCAUCGCUGGUGUUGUCCAUAUCCAGGACUGCUGACUCAGGGGAUCAGGAUCAGGACGAGUGCCACCUCGAAGACAUCGACGCCGCUGAAUCCGCAUCGCAGCCAAAGAAGCGUCAAGUCUCUAGUCCGGACCUGGAGCUGAGGCUGGCAAAGACAAGCAUUACCUCCAUUCUAAAGACCGUCACGGCAAAAAACAAAGCGAGGAAGCAGGACAGAUUCUCCUUUUCGUUCCCUCUGCGCCGGUUAAGUACGGAAAGGGAAAAAUCCACGGGCGAGGGCAAGGGCAAGGGCAAAGCGCGGGCUUGA